AGACGGCCGGACCGAGCCCCGCGCSGGGAGCAGGCACCAUGGUGCUGUCGGUGCCGGUGAUCGCGCUGGGCGCCACGCUGGGCACCGCCACCAGCAUCCUYGCGCUGUGCGGGGUCACCUGCCUGUGCCGGCACAUGCACCCCAAGAAGGGGCUGCUGCCGCGGGACCGAGAGCCGGACCCCGAGAAGGCRAGGCCGGGGGUGCUCCAGCCCGCCCAACAGUUCAACGUUAAAAAAUCCACGGAGCCGGUCCAGCCUCGCCCUCUUCUGAAGUUCCCAGACAUCUAUGGCCCCAGGCCUGCGGUGACAGCUCCGGAGGUCAUCAACUACGCAGACUACACACUGGGGACCACAGAGGAGCCUGCUGCGCCUGCCAGCCCCCCUGCCCCCAGUGACAGUCGCCUCAAGAGGCAGGUCACGGAGGAGCUGUUCAUCCUUCCUCAGAACGGCGUGGUGGAGGACGUGUGCGUCAUGGAGACCUGGAACCCAGAGAAGGCGGCCAGCUGGAACCAGGCCCCCAAGCUGCACUACUGCCUGGACUACGACCCGCGCAAGGCCGAGCUGCUGGUGACCCGCCUGGAAGCUGUGACCAGUGACCACGACGGCGGCUGUGACUGCUACGUCCAAGGCAGUGUGGCCCACAGGACCGGCUCUGUGGAGGCCCAGACGGCGCUGAGGAAGCGGCAGCUGCUCACCACCUGGGAGGAGGGCCUGGUGCUGCCCCUGGCAGAGGAGGAGCUGCCCACAGCCACGCUGACGCUGACCCUCAGGACCUGCGACCGCUUCUCCCGCCACAGUGUGGCCGGGGAGCUCCGCCUGGGCCUGGACGGGGUGUCUGUGCCUCUGGGGGCCGCCCAGUGGGGCGAGCUGAAGACCUCGGCUAAGGAGCCGUCCGCCGGAGCUGGAGAGGUCCUCCUGUCCAUCAGCUACCUCCCGGCCGCCAACCGCCUCCUGGUGGUGCUGAUCAAAGCCAAGAACCUGCACUCCAGCCAGGCCCGGGAGCUGCUGGGGAAGGAUGUCUCUGUCAAGGUGACCUUGAAGCACCAGGCUCAGAAGCUGAAGAAGAAGCAGACAAAACGGGCCAAGCACAAGAUCAACCCCGUGUGGAACGAGAUGAUCAUGUUCGAGCUGCCCGACGACCUGCUGAGGGCGUCCAGCGUGGAGCUGGAGGUGCUGAGCCAGGCCGAGGCGGGCCAGAGCUGGGCCCUGGGCCACUGCAGCCUGGGCCUGCACGCCUCUGGCUCGGAGCGCAGCCACUGGGAGGAGAUGCUCAAAAACCCCCGCAGGCAGAUUGCCAUGUGGCACCAACUGCAUCUGUAG